UUGAUAUUACCGUGUGCUAGCUAACCACGUAGCUCUUCUAUCGUUUACUAAAUAGAAACCGGGUUGCCUGGCAAGCUUGGUAGUUAGUGUUAGCUUGUUAUAACAGCUGUAUAAUGGCUCUCUAGAAACUGAUGUAAACCGAAGAAGGCCGGUUAGUUUACGUAGCUAAAAUGUUGGCUCUCCAGCCGGCCAAGUAACGGUAGACUAGCAUGCUAUCGUGUGCUAACGGUAACUCGGGGCCUAAGGAUGUCAAACCAGUUAUCUCGUGUCAAAUUCACUCACAAAGGUGUCGCCGUGUGCAGCAGUAAUGUGAUAACGGAUUUAAUAGUUUGAUUUUGCCUGCCCACAUAGGGGAGAACGUGUUACUUUGGCUCUUCACAAAGAGCCUGUAGCGCAUAAGUCCAGCAUUGAGUAUGAGUCCCUGGUUGCGGUGGAGGUGAGGAAGCAUGGGGUGGAAAUCUGAGGUGUCAAGACGAACGUGAUGACAGUAUGGUCGAUGGUGGAGAAGCUCAAAAUGGAAAAACACCCAUGCAGGGAGGAGAACAUUGACUCAAGUGAGGCCCAGCAUGCCAGUGACGAUUCCGAGGAUGGAAGCAGCUCAGAAAGCGAACCAGAAGAUCAGCAGCACCAGAGGGUUCAGGUGAACAGGUGUAAGAAGAGGGAGCCCUUGGCUGUUGCAAAACCGCACCGACAGCUCUGUCGCUCUCCGUGCCUCGACCGGCCCAGUUUUUCCCAGAGUAGCACUGCGCAAGAUUUUCGUGAGGAUGACACCAGCGUGGCACCAGGGAUCAAGCCUGCCAGUGACAAAGAGUACCAGACUAAGAUGGAAUUUGCAUUAAAGCUGGGCUAUUCGGGAGAGCAGGUGGAGACGGUGCUCAACAAGCUGGGGGCUGCUGCACUUAUUAACGACAUCCUCGCUGAGUUAGUAAGGCUUGGAAACAAAGUAGAGCCUGAAACUCAACCUUGCAGCAGUACGGCCACGUCAGUACCACGCCCCCCCUGUGCUAAGGAGACUGUUAGUCCAGAGGUGUCAGUGGAAGAGGAGUCUGUGGAUAGCUUUGAUAACCUCAGGCCCAUCGUCAUUGAUGGCUCAAAUGUGGCAAUGAGCCAUGGAAACAAAGAGGUUUUCUCUUGCCGUGGUAUCCAACUUGCUGUUGAAUGGUUCUUAGAGAAAGGACACAAAGACAUCACUGUGUUCGUCCCAGCCUGGAGAAAGGAACAGUCAAGGCCAGACGCCCUCAUCACAGAUCAAGAAAUACUACGCAAGCUGGAAAAAGAGAAGAUCUUGGUUUUCACCCCAUCUCGGAGAGUUCAAGGAAGGAGAGUGGUGUGCUACGAUGAUCGCUUCAUAGUGAAGCUGUCUUAUGAUUCUGAUGGAAUUAUUGUGUCGAAUGACAACUACAGGGACUUGCAAAAUGAAAAGCCAGAGUGGAAGAAGUUCAUAGAAGAGCGUCUCCUGAUGUACUCGUUUGUCAAUGACAAGUUUAUGCCGCCUGAUGAUCCACUGGGAAGACAUGGCCCAAGCUUAGAAAACUUUCUUCGCAAGCGUCCUGUUGUUCCAGAGCACAAAAAACAACCUUGCCCCUAUGGGAAAAAGUGCACAUAUGGACAUAAGUGCAAGUACUAUCAUCCAGAGCGUGUGAACCAGCCACAGCGGUCAGUGGCUGAUGAACUACGGGCUUUUGCCAAAUUGUCUGCAGUGAAGACGAUGAGUGAGGGGGCUUUAGCUAAAUGUGGAACUGGUCCAGCAACUGUAAAGGGGGACAGCAACUCUGAGGUCAAACGUGUGGCACCCAAACGUCAGUCUGACCCCAGUAUUCGCUCAGUGGCCUGUGAACCUCCAGAGGCACUGUCAGUUGUUAGGAAGUCUGAGACAAAUUCAGUGCCUUCCCUCGUGUCUGCUCUCAGUGUGCCCACCAUGCAGCCUGCCAAGAGCCACGCAGCUGGGGCCUUGAACACACGAUCAGCCAGCAGCCCAGUGCCAGGUUCUUUGCAGUUCUCACACAGUUCCCUGGAGCACAUGUCUAGUGUACAGUACCCUCCUAUUUUAGUUACCAAUAGUCAUGGCGCCUCUAUUACAUACAGUGAACAGUUCCCAAAGUAUGACUCAGUUAGCGACCAUGGAUAUUAUUCACUGCACAGUGAUUUUUCAACUAUGAGCAUGAGCAGCAUGCAUAAUGUCGACAGUUUCUGUAGCAUGGAGCACGAGCAUGGUGUGUAUCAGAGAAAUCCCAGCCACUGCCCUGAAUCCUGCCUCAGCCAUUCGAAUAGUGACUCCUUCUCCUCUUAUGGGGAUCUGUACCCAAGCUCUGUGGACAGUAGCUUAGAGGAGAGCAUGAAGGGGCAGCAGCAGCAGUCUCCGGCACAGGGAAGGAUGCAAGCUUUCUCCCAUGGGUUUCGUCAUGAAGCACUGACCAGGGUACAGAGUUAUGGACCUGAGGAACCCAAGCAGGGCCCCCGUAAGCAGUCUGGAUCUCACCUAGCACCACAUAUCCAGCAUGUUGCAGUGGGAGCCAGGUCCAGCUGUCCUGGAGACUAUCCCCUCACUCAGAAUGUCCUCCCACCUUUGUCCUCACAGCCCACACGGUCUCUUGGCAUGACUCGUAUGGAUAGCAUAUCAGAUUCAAGGCUAUAUGAUAGCAACCCAAUGAGACAGAGGCGACCUCCACUGUGCCGCGAGCAGCAUGCAAGCUGGGACCCUCUGCCUUGUGGUAACGAGUCCUUUGGAUAUCAUUCAUAUCCUUUGAGUAACAGCCUGAUGCCGUGUUGUGAGCGGGUGAUGGUCCGCAGCAUGCCAGAUAAAAUGGAACAAAUCUGGAACUCACCAUGGGAGAUGCCAUCUGCAGCUGAACACCAAGAGCGGUAUGUCAUCCCAGACCACCAGUAUCAAACAUAUCGGAACCUUUGUAACAUCUUUCCUGCUUACGUAGUCCACUCAGUAAUGGAGAAGAACCCUCAUUUGACAGAUCCACAACAGCUUGCCGCCGUCAUUGUUACAAAACUGAGGUCAUGCCAUUAAGCAGUUAAUCUUAUUAAAUAUUCAAAGGUGAUGUGAUUAAGGGAGACAGAUUUUGAUUGCAAAGAUAGGCACUUAUUAAAUGUUGCUGCAUGUGCAACAUCUGCCCUCAGGAGUUUUUUUUAAAUGUCUCGGGUGGGAAAUAAGAUUUUACAUCACUAAGAUGACGUAGAAGUAAUCAGCAUAGAGGAAGUUUGUCUAAUAAGUUAUCUUGAAUUGUAAGAUGUUUCACAUUUGAAAGCUAUGUUUUUCUGUGAAGGGUGGUGCAGCUGACUUAAGGUAACCCCUUAUGACACAGCUGGUUCAUAACACAUUCAUAGCACCUGGGCAGGCGCGAAAUAGCAGCUUUGCCCCACAUCCAUGAUUAACUGGACCUUUGUUCAACAAUAUUAAUUGCAGAAAAUAUAUAUAGAAAAGUCUGCUCACGUUUGGCAGGACUGUUUAAUGUCUCUCAGAUCAAUUCUGAAAGUGUUUAAAGUGAUCUGUGUAAAUUAUGUAAGGAGGCUAAAUAAGAGAUAAAUAAAUAAAUAACUAAUUAUGAAAUAAAUAAUUAGGAAUAAAUUGUGUAAAAUAUAUACAUGAAACAAUAAUCUGUGAAAUUAUUUAAGAAAUAAUAAAAACUCAUUCUUAUUUUCAGAGUUUAUGUUUUAAGGGAAACUUUUUUUUUUCUAAAUUGUUUUUUCCAAAAAUUGUUUUUCUUAUUCACAAAUUGUGGGUUCAUAUAUAUAUAUAUGUAUAUAUAUAUAUAUAUAUACAUAUAUAUAUAUAUGUAUAUUUUACACACUUGGCUGUAAACUUCUGGUUGUAUGGUGGAUUGGUUGGUCGAUAUGCUCUUGAUCGACCAUAUUCUCAUUGGUUAGACAACCGUCGGUAUUACUUUAGUAAGACUGUGUCCACCAAAGAGUUUCUUUUACCAGCUGAAAAUGACAGUUGUCGUAGUACAGCGCUGUUUUUCCUCUGUACUACCAAAGUGUUGGUCUUUUUCGGUAUUUGUCCCACCCCUUCUCCACUGUGAUUGGACAGCUAGUGACAGUGAGGUGCUCGGCGUUUUACCCAGAGUUAAACGUUUUUCAUCUCUCAUUUUUAAUUAAGAUAAUGAGUCUCUCUCACUUGCAGCAUUACAGAGAUAAUUAAUGUUAGUACUGUUAUGUUGUAGAUGACAUCGUCAAUAGUGAAGUGAACUUCUAUAGUAUCCAGUAUGUCAGAUUUUUCUCAUCAGUCCUGUUAAAUGCUUAGUGGUGAGAUAGACUCGUGCAUGAAGCGUACGUGGAAAAACCUUGCAACGUGCAGGGGUUUUGUUUUUUUUUUUCCGGAUUACAUUGGAGAUCACACUUAUUCUUCACUUGAGGCAUUCCACUUGCCUGAACAGAGUUCACUUGCCAUGGGCAAGUGUUAAGGUUGAGCUCUGUGAACAGGAAAAAAAAAAACUUUGAUAUACACAGAGCGCCACCAGGUAGAUUGCAUUCAGUGCACUGUGGCCUAUUUAGUACAUCUAGAGAUAACAUGCAGAUUUUUUCCCCCCAUUGGUCAAUUGAUUGGUUGAAGAGUAGGUCGAAUUUCAAUCGACCAAGAUUUUCUUUGGUUGAAUACAGCCCUACUUUAUUCUCAUGCUUAAUUCACACUGUCUGUUUUUAUUUAAUUAAUAUUGAUUACUUUGGGGUUCCAUAAUUUGGAUGGUCAGUUGAUUACCUAUCAUAAUUUGAAUCCAGCUUUAACCAUAAUCUAAUCCGAACUAAUGUAGCUAGCUAGUGUGAGACUGAACCUUGUCCUCUUUUGAGUCUAUGUGAACUAAGUGGAACAAUAAACAGGUUAGCUACAUGGCAACGCAGUCCGGACAAGAAGUAAUAACUCUGCCUCCCACAUUUGCCUUAUUAAAUCUGACAUAAGAGUACACUGACAUUUGUACACCAUGUAGCUUUUAUGAAGAUCUUGUUCAGGUCCUGUGAAUGUGUUAUGAAAGGCAUCUAAAGUGUUUCUGGUGCAGUGGAACUAUAAAUAACCUUGCUUAGGUCUGCCUCUGCUGUAAAUAAUUCUUGUGACUUUUUUUGUGCAUUUAUUUUGAAGAUCAGUAAGAGGGAGGUAGUUACAUACCUCACAGCAUGAACUAUGACAUUUAAUGGCCUUAUAUCUGAAUGACCUCACGCUUUAGUCAUUGUCUGAUUGGUUUCAAUGAGCGUCUUAGUCAUUGAAGCCUCCUAUUUUCAAAUGUAAAGCACUAUCUCAGUAUCUAAAGAGAUAUAUUUUCUCAGCCUCACUUAACAAAGCUACUAUUUUGGUAGAAUUUGACAGUGCACAAAGCAAGCCAAAAAGGAGAUUUGACUUGUAUACGUGUGCACAUACCUAUGUACAUAUAAUCACACAAAAGCCAUUAUUUCAAAAGUCAUUUAUAAGCUGCUAAAUAAUGCCAAAAAAAGACAGAAUUUAUAUAGUGUCAGUAUUCUACAUAACGUUACAUUUUGGUUCACAGAAUCGAUUGGAUUACAGUAUAAACUAACAUCUGUGUUUGGAUAAUUUCCUAUAGUGUACUGUAUAGUUACCUUUCUGAUUUUAUUGGAUGCUACAUCCAAGAUUUUCCUAUUUAUAUAUUUGUCAAAUUUGUUGUGCUGAUUCUUUUCAAUGUGAAAAUAUUCAAAGUAUCUUUGUUUCAAACAGUAGCUCUAAUGGACUUCUUCAAGUUGUCAGUGGAGCAGUGUGUUUUCAGGAGCAGGUUUCAUUUCAUUUCAAAGACUACUUUUACAUGCACUUAAGCAGUCUGAUGAUUUCCUGCUUUUCUGAGUGACUUAAUUAGGGCUGCAACUAGCGAUUAUUUCCAUCGUCGAUUAAUCUGUCCAUUUUAUUGAUAAUCAAUUUGUUGUUUGGUCUAUAAAAUGUCAGAAAAUUGUAAAAAACAAAACAAAACAAAAAAAAAGAUGUUGAUCAGUGUUUCCCAAAGCCCAAGGCAACGUGUUCAGAUGUCUUUCAUCCACAACCCAGAGAUAUUCAGUCUACUGUCAUGAAGGAGCAAAGAAACCAGAACACAUUCAUAUUUAAGAUACUAGGAUCAGAAAUUUUUGACUUUUGUUUCCUUAAAAAAUGACUGAUUAUUUCCUUUUCAAAUUAGUUAGUAAUGAGUUUAAUUGUUGAAAACCAGGCCAUUAAUUUAUUAUCUAUUGAAACUCUAAACCUGAUUCCUGUUGCCUACAUGUGAGAUGAAAACCCUUUAUCAGGUUAAAAGGUGAAGAGAAACUUGGUUAACCCAGCUAUAUUUCUGAUGGAAUUUGGCCAUUUCUAUGUUUACUUAGGUUUUUUUUUUUUUGGACAUGUGCUAAUGUACAUGACAGAGACCCAGGUCAGGAAAUUUGUCAUCACUGUGGCAUUAAUCCAGCAGUAUUAAAGGCAGUACUGUUACGUAUGCCCGUGCAUCAAGAGUAAUUACAUCCAAAGUCCAGUCUUUGCUGAACAAACCUAAUGAUUAUCCUAUUCUAAAUGUAAAUGAUUUAGUUUGUUGAAUGAGGUUAAGUUGGUUCCACAGAUGAACAGUAAAGGAUGUAUUAAAUUAAAACACAUUCACACUGUUAAACAUGCUAUCCUUCACCCAUUAACAUCAGUUCAAAUACUCUAAUCAAAAAAAAUAUAUCAAUGUGGCAGUGUCCUAUCAUUUAAAAAGUUUAUAUAACAUAUUAGAUACGCUCAAAAUAUGGAGGAGGGAUGGUUAACUGCAUGUAAAUUGUGGUUUUAUAUAAAUCGGACUAUUGCAGCGCAUCUAAACGAGUUGCCCAGUUUGAUGCCUUAACCUGACUUCUGGCAGUGGCCUGGUUUCUUAUGUGCAUGUAAACGUAGUGAAACUUCAUGAAUUCAUUUCACCAGACUGUGAUGUGACUUAGGUAGGAACAAGUCGUAGAAAUUUACUAUUAGAGAUGGAAACAGUGUUUACCAUCACAGUUUAAAUGUUUGCACAAGCAUUUCUGCAACAGACUGAAUAUUUAACUGAUGUUAUAUUUGUCUGAUAAAAUGAGAAAAAUCUGGCUGAUACAGUCAGGCCUGGGAAUGAGUUAAAUAUUGGACUCAUUUUGUUAUAUCUUGUAGAGUAUGAAGUUUCAAUAAUUGUAUAAAAAAAAUGAAGUGAAUGAUAUAAGCAUGUCGAAGAUGAAACUUAGUGUAUGGCUUUUUACAGGAGGCUGAAUUGCUUGAAUAUAGAUGUACAAUACGCAUACAUGCAGCCAGUCUCCAAGGAUCAUGGAAGGUUUUGGCUGUGCCUUGCAGCACAUUGCUCUCAGGAUGCUUCAGUUUUCUAAUAUUCAGUCUCUCCCUGCCAAAAACCAGUGGUUACUGGCAAGAGUCUACUCUGAUCUAGUAGUGAUAUAUUUUGUGAAAAUCCUACAUGUAACAUGUAGUACCUUAAAGUUAGUUAUGUACAGUAGAAACGUGGAGAUGGCAUUGCAAAACUUUUUACUUUUUGUGUAUAUCCUUGUUAUGCACCUUGAGAUCUAGAAUAUUGGGCUAAUAGGAUGGCUUUACAUGAUGCAGCUUCAGUCAGUGAAGUCAUGCUGGUGUCUAUAAGGAUGCAUCCAAAAACAAAAAUGGAUGUUUGAGUUGCCCAUAAUUUCAUUAAGUGCAGAUUUUCUGGCAAUUGUUGAACCAGUGAUCUUUAUUAGACCUUUAAAUUCUACCUAUGAGCCUAAGGGUGCUAAUGUUGGAUGCUAAUCUUGACAUCUGCUUUGGCCCCCAGGUCAUUAGGUCAAACCUUUUACUUAUUCACAAGAAAUAUGAACUAAUGCUAAGCACAUUCAUGCUCCCAAGAGGAUUAACCCCCCUGAUUCUAAUGAUCCGUUGCCUUUUCUCUACUCCCUCCCUCCCGCCCUCAGGACAAUGUGACACAUGAAACAUUCAGCUUACAAUUGCAGAGAGGUUGUAACAUGUAAAGCCAACCCUAAUAGCAAGAUCAUGCUUUGAGUGCAUUUAAAGGGAAAUGCCACUUAAUUUCAGGAUUGGUCCCUCUUGGCCAACUAUUGGAUUGCAUGACUGAACAUUACAAAUUUAGUGUAGUAUCACAUGCCUGUGAAAGAGAGGAGCUCCCCCCUGAUGUUUGAUUUCAGAUUUGUAUUAUGAUUCAAUUGUAAGUAAAAUAACAAAUGCAUUAGGGAGGUGUAUGUUUUGUUGGUGUUUUAUUAUCGUCACAAAAACAUUAAAAGGAAAGUGAGGCUGAGCUCAGACACAAAGUCUAGAAAAUCAGGCUCCUAUCUGUAGUCAAUGGAGCAGCAUCAGACUAUGUUUUGAUGACAUCACAGACCUUUAUUAUACUUGUCAUUUGAUUUAGGAAAGUGUUUGUGAUUACAGAGAAAAAUUGUCCAAUACUUUUUAAACUGAGUGGUAUUACUCUUUAACAGGGCUAAUUGUGUGAGCCUGACUUUGUCUCAUUGGUGGUGCUUCAAAAAUCUAUAUUUCUUUAUAAUGUUUAGGUACAACUGUGGUAUAUGAACAGACAUAAAGAAAAAAAAAACAUUUGAAUGUGUUUUGCCCAUAUGGAUUUUGGGCUUUGCUGACUUUGUUUUUUCAUGAAAAAAGACGAGGCCACUUAAGGCUGGCUGUCUGUUCAUGAGAAGGUGAAACAAACUGCCUAAAUGUUUCUUCAUGUGAAACAAUCAGAUUGCAAGGCUGCUGUCAAGGUUGUUUCUGGCAUUUGGCUAAAAGUUUGCGUGCCAUCCUUUUCCCUUGAGAAAGUUGAAUUGUCAUAGAUUAAAAAGAAAAACAUGCUCUUAGUGCAAACAGACUAAAGUACUAGCUGUCACUGCAUAAAGAAAUAACUCCAAAUUAGGCAAAAUUAACAGUAGUGUUUUGACUUUAUUAAUAUGGUACUGGAAUAUGUUUCUUGGUGAUAGUGAGAUCUUUCUUAAACCUGAACACUGAAAUAAUCUAUUGCCCUGAUGAACUGAAUUGUGGUGUAAAAGGUAAAUUGUGCAUUGAGUGAUGUUCACACACACAUGUAUGGUAGCUCUAACAGUUUAUGACAAAGUAAACUUUGUAUAGCUACAGUAUACAUAGGAUUUAUAGUCCAUGAAAUGAAUGCCAAAUCAAUUUAAACUUGGAUAGAUCCCGUUAUAUUGUCCUUAAAACCUGAUUAGUUUAUGCUUUCAUAAAGACGUGUGCACAUGAUUUAAUUUGACCUGCUGAUUUUGCUCACAAGCUUUAUGUUCCUAUUUCUGGCCCAGUGCAACAGUGCUUGCACUUCUGUCAUUAGAUAAAAUGCACUUGUGGACAGUGUGGGCUUGACAAGUAUUAGAGCAAAUUCAAAGCCCAGUGAUUGUUAAAUGUGUGUCCCUAAUGCUGAAAUAGUAUUGAUGGUAGCUGUUCAUCCUGAAAGCAGGGUUCCCACAGUCAUGGACAUGGUGGAAAAGUCAUGGAAUGCCAAAAUCUUGUUUUCCAGGCAAGAGUCAAGAUAUUGUCACAGUUAUCUUAUCCAUGGAUAACUUUCCAUGUAAUGUAAAAACGGCAAAUUUAUUUUCUGUAGCUGUUGACAUAAUAAACAAAGCUCUAAUAUGCGUUUACCAUCAUGUACGUUUAUUUUCUCCAGUGUUCCAUCUCUCCCUCCAGGCAUGCCAGCUAGCUGGAAUUAUGUUUGAAUAGAGUUUGAGUCUGAUAUGUUUGAAUAACACCAGGCACAUGUUGGGUCAUGAAUCCCAGGGUACCCAUACCUAUGCUCCAUUACUACGUUUAAACUCUACUGCAUUUUUGAGAUGGAGCAAUUGACAGACAACCUAAAGCAUUCAGUUGUCACUCAGCAAACCAAUGCACACUUUAGUUUCCUUUUAACUGCUCUGAAAGUAGAGUGUGGGAGUUUGAAAGUUCUUUUUUCAAGUGGUCAUGCAAAUUUUAUCAUGGGUCCAUGAAAACUCAUAGAAAAAGUUGUCCAUGAAAAUGUGUGGGAACCUUGUACAGGUUAGACUGCUUUCACAAUUUCUGUCUUGACAUUUUGCCCACAAGAACAAAGAGGGAAGAGAAAUGUAGGGACGUGCAUUUUGUUGCUGUCUUUUAUUGAUUUUAAAAAAUAUUUUUUAUUAGAGACAUCUCAGUUUUGGCCUUGUUCCUAAUACUACUUCCUGGAACAUUGUGUUUUGGCUGGACAAUAGACCACUCCCUGGCUAAAAAUAAACUCACUAUCACCACAGAAGACUUUCAAAGUACCAAUCCAGUGUUUUACUGUCCCCACCCUCCCUUUGAAAGUGCCGCAAACAACUAAGCCACAAAUGUCUAGAAUUGACUUUUGCUUGUUGAUACAAAUUGUAUCUAUACCUUGAAUGUAACAAAAUAUGAAAUGUAUAAUAUGAAAAUAGUUUUAUUUAAAUAAAGGGGAAAAAAAUCAAUGCCAUAAUGUUUGUGACACUGUGUGUCACUGGGAGUAGCCCAUUGGUAUGUACUAAUUCUUACUGGGUACAGUAGUUAAUUUACAGGGACAUUUAUGUGCUACAUAACAGUGCACAGUUACCCUGUGUACAGCCGUAAACAUCAUGUCCUCUCUGUACAUAGUCACACGUGUGUGUGUAUAUAUAGAAAGCAAAUCUGUAAAUGUAACAGUAACAGUUACUUAAGUUGUUCAAAUACUUAGAUAAUUUCUGUGUUGUAUCCUGUGCACCCUUGUUAAGUGCAUCUAUUUCCUCUGAAUUGACAUGUCCGCUUUGCUCUAUUUUAAUGGGAAUUUCAAUAUUUUUGAAUAUAUUUUGCCUAAUAAAACAUGCCAAAGUUA